CUCAUUGUUAACAACGUUUUGGAGGGAAAUGUUAUGACUGAUCCGGACAGUCAGCGCCCCUAGCGAGUGCCCCAAAAUUUGUCCGCAGAAAUAGCAGACGAACAGCCAAAAACAGCCCUAGCAGACGACAGUUCGGGGACCUCCCAAAUCUUAGACCAUGCUUAGUCUGCCAAACGAAGGCAAAGUGGAUUUUGAAAUCUAUCCUAUUCUCGCUACAGCAAUUCAGAAAAAUGUCCUUACUCUUCACAGUAACCGAUUUCUUUUGGUUUGUGCAAAACAUUUGCUUAACAUCAACAAAGGAUCAAUGAUAAGUAAAGGCAUGUACAAAAGGUAUGCCAAAAUAGUCGUGGAAAAGUAUCCUUGUCUGAAAGAUAUUGAUUUUGAAGAAGAAUUCCUGUUGGUGAAAAUGAAAAUUAUAAAAGCCGUAAACAAUCAAAGGGGAAACGUGAAAACGAAAGAAAGUAGGAAGUUGAAAGUUAAUGAUGCCCACGAACCUAAUCAAUCGCAGAACCUGGAAUUUCCUGUAAAUGUUCAAGAAUCACAAUUGGAUAUCGCUGCUUCGGCUAUCGAGAAAAGUUUCAAGGAAAGGCGUCUAUACGUUAAAACAAAUCACACCCUAAGAACGGAUCAAAUACUGGCAGCAAUUCCUCUUUACUUGGAUUUUUCGAAGGUUUAUGCAGAUUUCCUGAAAAUGACUGAAAUUAACGAAUCUCUUUUUAAAGUUAAUUUUGAUGAGCUGAUGGUUAACCUAAAGCGCUAUUACCUUGCAGAACAUAAUAAUCAGAGUGCAGCAUCUACAGCAGUUUUCUUUGAAGGAGAAAAGGUAACGAUUGGAUUGUUGAUGGCCAUCAACCGUUUGUGUUCUACAAAAAAGGGAACCAGUUCUUCAGCAGAACUCUUUGAAAUAGAACAAGUAAACAUGCGUGUUAAACCAUCCCCGGGUAGGAAACAAUACUGACCAUUCUUAAUCCGAUGUUGAUUUUAGGUCGGUUCACGUCGUAAAUGCGUUAUAAGUUACAUGAGAUUGGUCCAUGGUUGGAAAAAU